UGUACAAGGGUAAAAAGCGCCACGAGGUGCCGCCGCACAUCUACUCCAUCACAGACAACGCCUACAGGAACAUGAUGCAAGACCGUGAGGAUCAGUCUAUUCUCUGCACAGGGGAGUCUGGAGCGGGAAAGACGGAAAACACCAAGAAGGUUAUUCAGUACCUGGCUGUUAUUGCCUCCUCUCACAAAGGCAAAAAGGAUGCUAACCCUGGGGAGCUUGAGAAGCAGCUGCUGCAGGCUAAUCCGAUCCUCGAGGCGUUUGGAAACGCCAAAACCAUCAAGAACGACAACUCCUCGCGAUUCGGAAAGUUUAUUAAACUCAACUUUGAUGUGACUGGUUAUAUUGUUGGGGCAAACAUCGAUACCUACCUCCUGGAGAAGUCUCGCUGUAUUCGUCAGGCCAACACAGAGAGAGCGUUUCACAUCUUCUACUACAUGGUGGCUGGAGCCAAAGACACGACGAGGGAGGAGCUGCUGCUGGAGGACUUCAGCAGCUAUCGUUUCUUGAGGGCAGGUCACGUGGAGAUCCCUGGUCAGGAGGACGACGAGAUGUUCGUUGAGACUCUGGAGGCCAUGGGGAUCAUGGGCUUCACAGAGGAGGAGAGACUCGGGAUGUUGAAGGUGGUGUCCACCGUGCUGCAGCUGGGCAACGUCAAGCUUGAGAAGGAGAGGAACAGCGAGCAGGCAACCAUGCCUGACAACACAGCUGCCCAGAAGGUGUGUCACCUGCAGGGCAUCAAUGUGACCGACUUCACCCGUGCCAUCCUCACCCCCAGGAUCAAAGUGGGCAGGGAGGUGGUGCAGAAGGCUCAGACCAAGCAGCAGGCUGAUUUUGCAGUGGAGGCUCUGGCUAAAGCCAUGUAUGAGCGUCUCUUCCGCUGGAUCCUGGCGAGGGUCAACAAGACCCUGGACAAGAGUAAGAGACAGUCGUCCUCCUUCCUUGGGAUCCUGGACAUUGCCGGUUUUGAGAUUUUCGAGGACAACUCCUUCGAACAGCUCUGCAUCAACUACACCAACGAGCGUCUGCAGCAGCUCUUCAACCACACCAUGUUCAUCCUGGAGCAGGAGGAGUACAAGAGGGAGGGCAUACAGUGGAACUUCAUCGACUUUGGCCUGGACCUGCAGCCCUGCAUCGAGCUCAUCGAGAGGCCGAACAACCCUCCAGGUAUCCUGGCCCUGCUGGACGAGGAGUGCUGGUUCCCCAAAGCCACUGACGUUUCCUUCGUGGACAAGCUGCUGAACACCCAUACCGGUCACGUCAAGUUCUCCAAGCCCAAACAACACAAAGAUAAAAUGAUGUUCGCUAUUCUGCACUAUGCUGGAAAGGUUGACUAUAACGCAGCUAACUGGCUGACAAAGAACAUGGAUCCUCUGAAUGACAAUGUGACGGCUCUGCUCAACAACUCCUCCAGCAACUUCAUCCAGGAUCUGUGGAAAGACGGUAAAUUGUCCAUGAGGGGACAACCCUUUGAAUCCUUUAUGCUGCCCCUGUUAGCGGAUCGAGUGGUGGGUCUGGAGACCAUGACCAAGAUGUCCGAGAGUUCAGUUCCUACCUCCACUAAAUCCAAGAAGGGCAUGUUCCGCACAGUGGGUCAGCUGUACAAAGAGUCGCUGGGCAAACUGAUGACCACGCUGCACAACACACAGCCCAACUUUGUCCGCUGCAUCAUCCCCAACCAUGAGAAGAGGGCUGGGAAGAUGGAUGCUAAUCUGGUGCUGGAGCAGCUGAGGUGUAACGGGGUGCUGGAGGGAAUUCGUAUCUGCAGACAGGGAUUCCCCAACCGCAUCGUGUUCCAGGAGUUCAGACAGAGGUAUGAGAUUCUGGCUGCCAAUGCCAUCCCUAAAGGCUUCAUGGAUGGGAAACAGGCCUGUUGUCUGAUGGUGAAGCACCUGGAUCUGGAUCCUAACCUGUAUCGUAUCGGUCAGAGUAAGAUGUUCUUCAGGACGGGAGUUCUGGCUCAGUUGGAAGAGGAGAGAGACAUUAAACUCACCGUUGUCAUCAUCGCCUUCCAGGCACAAGCAAGAGGCUUCCUGGCCCGAAAGGCUUUCAGUAAACGUCAGCAGCAGCUGAGCGCCAUGAAGGUCAUCCAGAGAAACUGUGCCUGUUACCUUAAACUCAAGAACUGGCAGUGGUGGAGGCUUUUCACCAAGGUGAAGCCCCUGCUGCAGGUGACCAGACAAGAAGAGGAAAUGGGUCAGAAAGAUGAGGAACUAAAGACGGCAAAAGAAGUGGCAGCAAAGACCGAGGCCGAACUGAAGGACAUCACCCAGAAACACACCCAGCUGGCUGAGGAGCGAACCCAGCUAGAGUCAAGGCUACAGGCAGAGACAGAGCUGUACACUGAGGCAGAGGAGAUGAGGGUGAGACUGGAGGCCAAGAAACAGGAGCUGGAGGAGGUGCUGCAUGAGAUGGAGGCUAGGCUGGAGGAGGAGGAGGAGCGCAGCAGUGCUCAUCAGCAGGAGAAGAAGGACCUGGAACAGCAGCUAAAGUUAAUGGAGGACCACAUCACAAAGGAAGAAGAUGCUCGGCAGAACUUGCAACUGGAGAAAGUGGCCAUUGAGGGAAAAGUCAAGAAACUGGAGGAGGACAUCCUGCUGAUGGAUGACCAGAAUAACAAACUACAGAAGGAGCGGAAGCUUCUGGAGGAGAGGAUGGCUGACAUGAGCUCUAACCUGGCUGAGGAGGAGGAGAAGUCCAAGAACCUGACCAAACUCAAGACCAAACACGAGUCGAUGAUCUCCGACCUUGAGGUGCGUAUGAAGAAAGAGGAGAAGGGUCGUCAGGACACAGAGAAAGCCAAGAGGAAAGUGGAGGCGGAGUUGGCCGACCUCCAGGAGCAGUACGCUGACUUGCAGGCUCAACUAGCUGAGCUCCGGGCCCAGCUGGCCGCCAAGGAAGACGAGCUCCAGGCCACACUGGCCCACUUGGAGGAGGAGAGCAAUCACCAUGGGGCAGCGAUCAAGCGGAUUCGGGAGUUGGAGGCUUUGCUCUCAGAGCUCCAGGAAGACUUUGAGGCCGAGAGGUCAACCAGGGCGAAGAUCGAGGCAGCACGACGCGACCUUGGGGAGGAGCUAAACGCUCUUCGCACCGAGCUGGAGGACAGCCUGGAUACCACCGCCGCUCAGCAGGAGCUACGGGCGAAGCGCGAGCAAGAGGUUGCCAUGUUGAAGAAAGCCAUGGAGGAGGAGGGACGGAGCCACGAGACUCAAAUCCAGGAUCUGAGACAAAAACACAGUCAGGCUGUGGAGGAGUUCAGUGAGCAGCUGGAGCAGGCCAAGAGGGUGAGGGCCGGUCUGGAGAAAGCUAAGCAGGCUCUGGAGAAGGAGUCAGCGGAUCUGAACAACGACCUGCGAUCACUUGCCAGCGCCAAACAGGAUGUGGAGCACAAGAAGAAGAAGGUGGAGGGUCAGCUGAACGAACUGCACUCACGCUUCAAUGAGAGCGAGCGGCAGAGGACUGAGCUGGGAGAGAGAGUCUCCAAGAUGAGCAUGGAGCUGGACAGUGUGACGGGUCUGUUGAACGAGGCAGAGGGAAAGAACAUCAAGCUGAGUAAAGACGUCUCCAGUGUGUCCUCUCAGCUCCAGGACGCACAGGAGCUGCUGUCAGAGGAGACUCGUCAGAAGCUGAAUCUGUCCGGACGUCUCCGUCAGAUGGAGGACGACAGGAACAGUUUGAUGGAGCAGCUGGAGGAAGAGACAGAGGCCAAACGGGCCGUGGAGAGGCAGGUCUCCAGCCUCAACAUGCAGCUGUCGGACUACAAGAAGAAGCUGGACGAGAUGUCGGGGGUGGUGGAGCUUCUGGAGGAGGGGAAGAAGCGUCUGCAGCGGGAGCUGGAGGCGGCAAACAACGAGUACGAGGAGAAGGCCUCGGCCUACGACAAGCUGGACAAGAGCAGAAGCCGAAUGCAGCAGGAGCUGGAGGACGUCCUCAUGGAUCUGGACAGCCAGCGGCAGCUCGUCUCCAACCUAGAGAAGAAGCAGAAGAAGUUUGAUCAGAUGCUGGCAGAGGAGCGAGCCGUGUCCUGUAAGUUUGCAGAGGAGCGGGAUCGUGCAGAGGCGGAGGCGAGGGAGAAGGAGACACGGGUGUUAGCUCUGGCCAGAGCUCUGGAGGAGAACCAGGAUGCUCUAGAGGAGGCGGAGAAGACCAUGAAGGCGCUCCGAGCUGAGAUGGAGGACCUCAUCAGCUCCAAGGAUGAUGUGGGAAAGAAUGUCCACGACCUGGAGAAGGCAAAGCGCGGCCUGGAGGCCAUCGUGGAGGAGAUGAGGACACAGAUGGAGGAGCUGGAGGACGAGCUGCAGGUCGCCGAGGACGCCAAGCUGCGUCUGGAGGUCAACACUCAGGCCCUCAGAGCUCAGCACGAGAGGGAGGUGCAGGCCCGAGAUGACAUGGGCGAGGAGAAGAGGAAGCAGCUUCUCAGACAGGUGCGUGAGCUGGAGGCAGAGCUGGAGGAGGAGAGGAAGCAGCGAGGUCAGGCAUCAGCCGGGAAGAAGAAGCUUGAGGGGGAACUCAAGGACAUGGAGGACCAGCUGGAGGCCACCAACAGGGGGCGUGACGAAACAGUGAAGCAACUCCGCAAGAUCCAGGGCCAAAUGAAGGAUCUCCAGAGGGAGCUGGAGGACUCUCGUGCAGCCCAGAAGGAAGUUAUCACUUCAGCCAGAGAGUCUGAGCGCAGAACUAAGGUCAUGGAGGCCGACAUCAUCCAGCUGCACGAGAUGUUGGCAGCAGCUGAGAGAGCUCGAAAGCAGAUGGAGACAGAAAGAGACGAGCUUCAUGAAGAACUGGCCAGUAACUCCUCUGGAAAGUCUCUGCUGUCCGACGAGAAGCGUCGUCUGGAGACAAAGGUCAGUCAGCUGGAGGAGGAGCUGGACGAGGAGCAGGCCAACAUGGAGAGCCUCAACGAGCGGCUGAGGAAGAACCAGCAGCUGGUGGAGCAGCUGAGCGCAGAGCUGGCGGCUGAGAGAUCCUCCGCUCAGAGCAGGGAGGGAUCCAGGCAGCAGCUGGAGAGACAGAACCGAGAGCUGAAAGCCAAACUGCAGGAGACCGAGGGCCAGGGCCGCUCCAAACUCAAAUCCUCCAUCACCGCCCUGGAGGCCAAGCUGAGAGAGGUGGAGGAGCAGCUGGAGAUGGAGAGCAGAGAGCGCCAGGCCAACGCCAAGAAUCUGCGUCAGAAAGAGAAGAAGCUGAAGGAUUUCACAAUCCAGAUAGAGGAUGAGAGGAAGCAGGCAGAGCAGUACAAGGACCAGGCGGAGAAGGGCAACGUGCGGCUGAAGCAGCUGAAGCAUCAGCUGGAGGAGGCGGAGGAGGAGGUUCAGCGCGUGGUGGCGGCUCGCAGGAAACUGCAGAGGGAGCUGGACGAGGCGUCCGAGGCCAACGACACCCUGAACAGAGAGGUGUCAUCACUCAAGAGCAAACUGAGGAACCGCUGACCUGCAAACUGUCCUCCAAACUUAUUUUUAUUUAAUUUUCACUCUGCUAAUCCCUCAAGUUCUUGCUGCUUUCUGCUCCUCCUCUGUGCUUCACCUCCCUCUGACCCUCCUCUUCCUCCUCUGUCUCUUCCUCCUGAUGUGUUUGGCGCUCCCAGGCGUGGUGGCAGUGGCGGGGAGGCGGCGUUUGGCAGCCCCAGCCCUCGGAGCAGCAGCGGUGGCAGCAGCAUCAGGAGCUUUGGGAUGGGAGGGAGCAUCAGCCGGAGGAGCGUCAUCAAAGAGA